AUGCUUGUGGUGCACUCUCUGAAGCUUUUGGCCGCUCAUAAAAUCGUGGAUACCAAGUUGUUCGAUGAUUUGCCUACGGAUGCUUUCAGAGUUCCUGAUAUAGAAAAGGUUGCCGCUGUUGCUCGAAGAGAAACUGGGGUACGGGAAAUGGCCUACUGUCAAGUUCCUGCCUUCCAGCAUGAUCUUGAGAAAAUUGUCGAAGAUGUACGAAACGGAAUCUAUCCGCUCACUGCUUUUGCUCCCUUAGUUCAUCAGCCUCUGAAAACCACGGUCACGCAGCCGUCUUCACGUACGUCCCAGGCUCAAACCGCCACGGAAGGCCAUGAACCCUCAACAUCGUCGCUCACAACGACAUCUCUACCACGAUACGCUCCUUGA